AUGGCAAAGUUGAUUAUCCGAAGACAUCCUGGAUCCAAAGGCAUGGCAAAGUUGGUUCGCCGAUUGACUUCCCGUGGCAAACAGGGAACAAGUAGAAGGGCCAACGGGUCAGAAUUACGAUCAAAAGAUUCCAAAUCAAGAUGUCAACACUUGAAUUGGACUUACGUUCCCCUAGUAAUCUUUGCGUGUAUGCUGGUGGGUAUCCUUUCGUUCCCAGAUGCAGUAGGAAAUUUGCAGAAAUCAGUUCCCCCUUCAUCGAAUGCUUCGAACGAAAUGUCAUAUGACAUCGCUCCAGGCAUGCACGUAAGCAUUAAGUUCAAUAGAGUUGACAGUAGCAAAGCGCCAUCUGAAAUCAUCCUAUCAUUGGGGGAGCAUGAGGCAAAGAUCACCUUCGCCAAGCCGUGUGAACGAGACAGCAUUUGGCUUCGGAUAAUAGGCGAUGCUCUACAAAAUAUCAAUCUUAUGUCAGACUCGUCGACGAGGAGUCUAACUGGUAGAUUCACAUUGCCAAUGGAAGGAAACUACGCAAUGCAACUGUUCUCAAAUGGUUGUGGUGAGCAGACGAGUCGACAAAUUUUCAACGUCACAACGUUUCAAGUGAAAGGCGAAACGACGACAAACUUUUCGACGGCUGCAAACGAGUACCCUGUAUCAGCCUGGAUAUCAUCCAAACAUUUUCCUCAAGUCGAUAAAGCCAUCGCCCCAGAAUACAUAUGGCACAAUCCACAAAUCCCUGCUGCUAGUGCCAACCUUCUGAAAGCUGGCAACACAAUACUAUCGAAAGAAGGAACAAUUAGGGGAAACGGAUUUUAUGACUUUGACAAGUUGAGCAACUAUGAAUUGGUCUGCUUUGUUGGAAGUGACUCCGCCAGUCGGAUACGAGAGAGCUUCCUUCAGUUCCGCCCAAUGCUUUUUGCUCAUCAGCGACCCUUCAAGUUUCACUUAUAUCCGAUCCACUAUUUUGAAAAGCCUGAUCGGGAUUGGGAAGAGGGAAAGAAGAAAGGCUUUCGAAAAUGCAAACACAUUCUUGUCUCUGUCGACGAGUUAAAACAAAAACUUUCGCAAAAGGAGUAUACUACACAGGUGACAACCUUUAUCAAUCACCUGCUAAAUGCCAUUCCUGAUGAAACAUUCCCGAUCUGGUUCUUCACUGUCAUGGAAUCACCAAUACAGCCAAGCAACUGUCUGCCACAAAGUUUGCCACGAGACAACCUACUGGACCAUCCUUGUAACAUUGCUUUGAAGUCUCUCUUUCAUAACAGUCGAUUUCCAUCUCGAGUAAAGCUACUGGAUACAACCGAAAUAGCGUUACCUCAGCUCGGAAACCAUCCCGAAGAUGUGGCGGCAGCCAUUGCUUUAAGAGUCUACGUCUUUGUUGGAAAGCAAGUACGAACGUGGCGCACUCAAGGCCAGGAGGGGAAGAAAGAUGGCUUGGUAAGGGGGGGCAAAAUAGAACCAAAUUUUGAACUGAUACCGUAUACCGAGUGGAGCUAG